AUGUCAUCGAGUUUAUUAAUUGAAAUUGAACAACAGAUCACUCGUAUUGGAUAUUCACUAUGUAUUCUUAUUGGAAAUAUUGGUGGAAUUAUGAGUCUUUUCGUAUUUCUUCAAAGAUCAAUAAGACGAAAUCCAUGUGGAUUAUAUUUUAUUGCUUAUGUAAUAAUUAAUAUGAUGUAUAUCAAUUUUACUAUUGUCUUAGCAGUACUUAGUAGUUUGUUUAAUAUUAAUCCAUCGAUUCAAUCGUCAAUAUUUUGUCGUAUACAAUUUUAUAUUAGUUUUAUUCUAGCAAUUAUUCCAUCGUAUUUAUUAGUAAUGGCAUCAGUUGAUCGAUCAUUCGCUUCAUCAUCUAAUGUUCAUACUCGGUCAAAAAGUAAUCGACGUUUUGCAAUAUUUAUGAUUGGAAUUAUUUGUAUUUUUUGGAUUCUUUUUCAUUUACAUUCUUUUUUUACUAUUGACAUACAAUUGUUAUAUGGUACACAAGUUUGUACUUAUUUUCAAGGAUUUCCAGCAGCAUUUGUUAGUUAUUAUAAUCUUGUUUGCAUUGGAAUUAUUCCAUUUCUAUUAAUGAUUGGAUUUGGUAUUCAAAUAUCAAUAAAUAUAAGACAAAUUCGUUUAAAUCCAAAUCGAUCACAAAAUAAUCGACGUCUUAUUGUUUUAUUAGUAAUUCAAAUUAUUAUUUAUAUUAUUCUACGAUUACCUACAUCGUUAUAUCUAGUAUAUAAAGAAAUUACAAAAUCUAAUAUAAAAAGUUCCAAUCAACUUAUUAUAGAGCAAUUUAUUCAAUCGGUUGUAUAUUUUUGUCAAUUUAUUCAAAUAAGUAUUUCACCAUUAUUAAAUUUAAUAAUAAAAACAUUUCGUUAUGAAUUAAAACAAGCCCUAAAUAAAAUCAUAAGAAAAUAUAAUCCUAUACAUCCAAUUCAAAUACCAUCUAACGUAUGA